CCGCCCACCCCGGCCGCCCCCUGCGGCUUCAGCUCCUCCCUCUGCUUCAGCGCCAGCGCCGCCGAGCCGCAGCCGCCCGCCGGCGGUGGCCGGGUGGUGGUGGAGAGCCAGUGGGAGAUCAACAACGCCGCCUGCCAGCCGGAGGAAGAGGAGGGAGAGGAGGCGGCGGGGACGCGGGAGCGGCCGGCGGAGGAGCCCGACCUGGUGAUCGAGGUGUCCGGGCGCCGCAUCCGGGCGCACAAGUCGGUGCUGGCGGCCAAGAGCGACUACUUUCGCGCCCGCGCCUCGCGGGACGUCCUGCGGGUGAAGGGGGUGAGCUACGGGGCCCUGCGCCUCCUCAUCGACUACGUGUACACGGCCCGCAUGGGCGAGGUGCGGCACGACAACCUGGCCGAGGUGGUGAGCGGCGCCCGUGUCCUCCAGAUGCCCUGCGCCCUGCACUGUGCCGCCGAGGCCAUGCGCGCCCAGCUCCGCCUCGACAACUGCUACCAGCUCCUCUGCCUGGCCAAGAAGCAGCGGCUGGCGGAGCUGCGGGAGGCCGCCUACCGCUUCAUGAGCGACCACUACCUGGAGGUGCUGCGGGAGCCCGGUGUCUACGGCCGCCUCAGUGGCACCGAGCGGGACCUCAUCCUGCAGCGGCGCAUGGAGGCCGGCCGGCCCUGCCUGCUGGUGGCUGAGGUCAGCGAUGCCUUCGAGCGGCCGGGCGGCGGCAGCCGGCCACAGAGCCGUGAGAGCAGCCGGCCGCAGAGCCCCUCCUCCGUGGUGUCGCUGGAGGAGAGCGGCUCCCUCAUCCACUGCUACCACGAGUCCAGCGGUGAGUGGAGGGUGCUGACGCGCCUGCCUGAGGAGGCCAACGCCAAGGGCUGUGCCAUGUGCGUCCUCCACAACUACCUCUUCCUGGCAGGGGGUAUUGCGGCAGGGCCGGCGGGCAGCGAGCCCCGGGCGCGUCUCUCCGACAAGGUCUUCUGUUACAACCCUCUCACCGACACCUGGAGCCAGGUGCGGCCACUGGCUCAGCCCCGCUCGCAGCUCAAGCUGCUGGCCCUGGAUGGUUACCUCUACGCCGUGGGGGGCGAGUGCCUCUUCACUGUGGAGAGGUAUGACCCGCGAGCUGACCGCUGGAGCCCCGUGGCACCCCUGCCCAAGGGUGCCUUUGCUGUGGCUCACGAGGCCACCACCUGCAACGGGGAGAUCUAUGUGUCGGGGGGCUCCCUCUUCUACCGCCUGCUCAAGUAUGACCCCAAGCGUGACGAGUGGCAGGAAUGUCCCUACAACAGCAGCCGACGGCGCUCUGCUGACAUGGUGGCCUUCAAGAGCUUCAUCUACCGCUUUGACGUGAGCAGUGGCCGUGGUGGGGAACAGGGCCCGGGCGGCGGGACUGCUGGUGGUGUUGAAGUUUUCCGGUACAACACAGUGGCCAAGCGCUGGAGCCAGUGUGCCAGCCUGCGGCCCAGCGGCGGCCCCGUCCAGCCCUUCCGCUGUGCCCCCUUGGGCAACACCAUCUACUGCGUCAACCGGACCGGCACCCUCCGCUUCAGCCUAGCCCAGGAUGGGGAGGUGGAAGCGGAUGGCGGGCUCAAGGGCACCUUUGAUGGGGAGCUUCUUAAAGCUCCCUUGGAUGUCAGGGGUGUGCUCCUACCCUUCGUGCUCACCCUGCCCGAGAGGCUGGACAAAGCAGGGGACCAGGAGGGCUCCCUCCCGCUGUGAGGUGGCCAGCCUGGCUCUGGCUUCCCGAGUGGGGAGCUGGAUUGCAGUUCUGGGGGACCCACAAACUACCCCCUACAGAGGGGAGCUUCUCUGGCGUGUCUGCACAGAGAAGGGGCUCUCCCUUUCCUCUCUGCUCCCAAGAUGUUGAGCUGGAGCCACUUGGUUGUAACUCUUCUGGUGUUUGCUGUGCUUUGUGUGAAAAGCCAAGCACACGAAAGGAAAAGCUGCUAUAAAGGAUAAUCUCUGGAUUAUGUUUGUGCCAAUUCCUAAUCUGAGAAAAACUUUUUUACACCUGAAUUUUAAAAAAUUCCUGAUAACAGUGUCAUAAUUGGACGUUACUGUUAAGUGUUGGUCGCGUGUUUACACGUAGUCACAAUCUGGGCUGGAGCCUUUUCUGCCAUUUGUUUUCUUUCUCUCUGGGAUGAUACGAGGGAUAAACACUGCUGGCAACGUAGCACUUGGUUUUACGUUAAUUCAACUAUUGCCUGUGUUAGAAAAGCAUGGAAGAACAAUCUCCAUCACAGCCUUUCAUUUCUGGUGUAAUAGAUGGCUCAAGGAAGACAUGGCACUGUGUGGUCCCAGGAAUUUCAGUUACAGUGAAUGGUGUAACAGAUACCAGUUUUGCUUAAAGUUUUAAGCAACACAAAUGUGUGCCACAUGUUCGGAUUUGGAAUACAAAAAAAAAAAAAGGGCAAGCUACCUUUUUAAAGUGUGGCAUAUUAUAGCAGAUAUGAAAUGUUGUUACAUUUUUUAUCUGAAACAGGCAAUGGUUUCUGUAUGAAAAGACAUGGUUUUAUUACCUUUUUAUCAGAGAUUUUAAAUUAUAACAAAAAUGAACUGAAGCUGUUCAAACUGCAACCGAUUGACAUGACCAUGUAUGCCACUAGAGGUGGGGGAAAUAUUUUGUACUUCAGCUGCUCUUUAAUUAACUGCAGGUCAAGGAGAAUUAACCUAAACCAAAUGUAAAUUCCUUGAAACUGCCUGCAGACGGCUUAAAUGUUUCACUGUAUGUUCAGUAUCCUGUGGCAAGAGGCUUUUCCAACUUAGUGCGAGACCAUCAAAGGAGGAUGUGGAAAAUAGGAAUGUGCUACAGAUGUUGAUUGUAUUGUGCACUAGCAUGAUGUUAUUUCCCUAUCUUUUGAUUGAGAGACUGCUUUAUUUAUUUCGAUCUAACGAUUGCUGUAAUCAAUAAGUCCUUGUUAAUUGCAGUACGUGCUGAUGGCGUGUGCUGUCAUUGGGAUUCUGAACCGCCCGAGGGCACUGUUUGUGGAGCAGCAUCCUAAAGAGGCAAAACCCUACAAAGCUUCUUCCCGCCUGUGGAAAGUUGGAGCAUUCUUUUUGUCAUGUUACUCCAAACUGGAAAAGUGUAAACCAUCUACGCAGACAGACUGUAUUGAAAAGGGCACAUGCAUUUAUUUUAUACGUUUUAUAUAAAAGAAUCAAUAGGCAGUGGAAAUGUUUUAGCUUUAUGGUAAAUCACUGAGAAACCUUUUCUGAAAAAAACCACCAGUGUUUUUGCUGUUGUUAAUUCAGCCUGGAACUGGCAUGGACUGUGUAAGGGAUUUGUUUAUACUCAAAGCUCUAGUAUAGAUUCAUAUUUUAGAAAGACAUAGGGACCUUACAUCAAAGAAAGCAGAUCUUUUUAUGUUUUAUUAAGAUGUUUCUGUUAAACAGGACAUUAGCAUUCUUAUAUGUUAUUCAUAGUUCCAAAGGAAGGCAGCAGGCUCUGUCCUAAGAGACACCAUCUUCAUAAAAUAGAAUAGUGAAGUUUAUAGAUACUUCUUUCCUUCACUUUCAUGUUUUUUAUUUUUCCUUUUCUCCAUCUGUCUUGCACAGGGUUUUAAUGCAGCUGAUCUGGUUAGCCAUCCUGUAGAAAACAGUGGUCCAGUCCUAAAAGUUCUUAGCCAAAAAAAGCCUGUUCCCUAGUGAGCUAAUUAAAGCAUCAGCCAAGUAGGAGCUGUAGCCUGUAGAGCGUGAUGCUUAUCUUAGCCUCAGUUCAGGUUGGUGCAGUGGAAUUUAAUACCACAGAUGGCAUAUUCUUUGGUGAUUCACAAACAAACCAACUUUAUUUUUCACUGAAUGAUGAACUUAAUUCUCAGACAAGAAUCCUUGGAAAUGUUGAGUCUAAAUUAAAUUACAGCAUUGUAGCUUGAGCAGGGAAGAGAAAUUGUGUGUGUGCCUUCAGCAGCAUUUUUAUGUUAACUGUAGAAAGUAUUUCAAGCACACUUAGGUGCAUACUUUAACUGAAGACUUAAGCAUUAGGCCAGAUUUUGAAUUAGUAGAAUCACCAGGAGCACACAAGGAAACAUGUUUUAUUUUGCAAUACAAUAUGAUUUCAUAGUACAAAAUACUAUGUAGUAUAGUUCUUAUACUACAGCAUAGGGAGGAAUCAAGUGAGCUUUUGCAUUCCUAUUCAUUAAGCAUUAAUUAAGCAUUUUCAUUCCUGCUAAGCAUGAAAGUGCUUCUAAAUGAGUUUUGAGAAGUCUCCUUGAUUUAAGCAGCAAAAAUAUGCCACAGGCUUUUGGGAAAGAGUGAAACAUAUCCUUUCUUCUGAUAUAUGUUGCUGUAUACCAUGAAGAAAUACAUUUGGAAAUAAUCUUUGCAGUAAUAAGCGUUCUACAAACCUGCAGCGGUUUGUGUUUUCGCUGGCUCCUAUUGUUAAAAAAGGUUGAAUCAAGCACUUACCGGCUUUCACUGUCGACACAGCCUAAGUGAGGGCAGAGUCUGGUCUUCAUUAGUAGCUGUCUGUCAAACCUGUUUCCUUUGUAGGCUCUUUGCAUAAUCACAGCCUGAUGACUUGACAGCAGAGGCCCCUUUCCAGCCACAUUUCCUACUCCCUGGCCUCUGUUUCCUCCCUGGUAAGCCUGAGGCGCCUUUGCUGAGGGUUGUUUUUUUUCCCCCAGUUAUGUCUUCAGCCUAUCAAAAAAAACCCCCACCAAAUUGGGUACUAAAACUGGAAUUUAGGUAGACUUCAGGCGCUUGAAGACCAAAAUUGUCAUCCUAGAACUCGCUAGUUUCACUGAAACUGAGCAACAACUGUCCCUUUGGGGAGAGUUCCCCUUCAGCACUGCUCGCCUGGGAGCAGUUGGGCACCCACCGAGCUAUUGCCUCAACUGCUUGCAACCUGGAUGAUGCGAUACCCAGAAGCCACUGGUGUAAUGGGGCUUUAUGGUACAAACUAAAGGGCCAGGCCACCCUCAAGUUGUGUUUUGCAUAUGUUUUGCUUUUAAAACAGCUAUUUUAUCUACUAGCCUGACGGCUACGGUAUUUGCAUGGGAGCAUGGAGAUACGUGCUUGCUUUCUUAGCCUGCAAGGAUUCAGUCCACAUCUCCCACUGCCUGAUUGGCAGCAGAUUGAAGGACCUCUUGGAGCUAAUCCCUGACCUCUAGAUAUAUAUGCAUUUUGUAUUAUACAUUAAUUGGCUAAAAAUCUCAGAAAUUAUCCAGGUAGGUGAAUUCAAGCCCUUGUCUUCCCUGAGUGGUGUGAGACUAGCUGGAGGGGUAUAGUCCUCUCUGCUGUCUUUCUUCUUCAUGAAUCUCACAGUCCCCUUCUCCCACUUUUAAUGGGACAUGCAGGAAAUAAUUUUUCUGCUUCUUCUGUUUUCAAGGUCAUCUGCCAGAGGACAUAGGCUUGAAUUCCCUUAAGCUGACUAAGGACUGGACUCAGGCUUCCCAGUUCAUGUGUGUGUGUUCUUAAAUCCAGAUGAUUGUUUAGAAGAAGAGUAUAGGGACCACCUCCUGCAGCUCUUUUUCAGGGAUGAACCUCAUGCCAAUCCUCCAAAAGCACACAUAGGUUCCUGCACGCCGAGUUCUGGGUAGAUUCCAUGCUCCAGCUUCUGGAUGGGUAGUUGAGGACCCAUUUAGUUAGUGCCAUUGGGCAAGUUUUCUUCUGUGGAAAGCUUUUCCAGAGACAGGCUCUGUAUUCUGGGUUGCUGGUCCGAGGUGAGGGACUCCAAGCACUGUACUGGGAGGCCAAGCAGGCAAUUUGGAUUCUUCUCAGGGGUGACGCCUUGGUAAAGAGGCAUUGCAGUGCCUAACGUGGAAAUGCCUGAAGCCUUCAUUGCAUCUAAAACUAAAUCCCUGCUUGAAUAAAGAAACAAACCUUCUUAGCAAAUGCUAAUAACAGAUGGGAAUUUGCUAUUUCCAUCUAUUAACUGGGUCCAUAAAAAGAAGUCUUAAUUGCAGCAAAGGCAUUUGUACAAAUUCUGUUUACACUUGGAAACUAAGUCAAAGGAAUAAUUGGCAAAAGAAUAACCCUAUUUGAUCAAAACAGGCGCUGUUAAGCAACAUGGGAAGGAUGCUAAUCAUACCCUAUUAAUGAAUAAAAUUGUGCAGUAGCUGAUGUAAAUUCUGUCCACACACACGAAAAAAAAAUUCUUUGUAAAUAAGUACCUGGUAAAAUUUAAAGUGAUAAAAGAAUAAAUUAUUCACAUGAAAGCUGUAACUCUCCUGUGCUGUUUGACUGGCUCUCAGAGUGUUGUACCCUGGUUAUCGCUAUUCAUGAGCGGCUGUUCCUCCUCCUGCGCUGUGGUAUCCAUCCCAUUGCCUGCUCCCUAGAGGUGUUACCCCUCCUUGUCACAGAGCUUAGCGGUGCUGCUGGGGGGAUUGUCUUUGUGUCUGCACUGACGCGGAGUGCUUUCUACUUGAAUGAACCCAGAAGAUUUGGGCUGAAUUGUAUCUUUGGGCUUUUUUAUUCUUUUCUUUCUUUUUUUUCAGCGGCACUGCUCCUGGGAAACUUAAGCAAGCCCAAGGAAGGGAAAUGGUGGUGCCAUUGAGCAGUUGUGGUAACAAGCAUUUAAUUAAUUUCUUUUUCUGUCUGCCAUUAUUCCGUGCACCAGAUUCGCACUGAAUUUAACAGAACAUCUCUGUGUAGCUAUUAGCAGUAUGAGCCCAAGUACUGUUGUAGCGAAGUAUGUUUUUAUUUAAGCAUAUUUUCUGCAUCAGCUCCUACUCUGAGAUGAUUUAGUGCAAGUUUGUAAUAGUUCCGCACGUUUAGAUUAUUUGAACUGUUCUGGCUUUAACAUUACUGCUACUAAAAGCAGAGAUUGACACACAAGCUCAGUAAAGUUGCGCACUCAGUAAUCACACACUUUUCCUUUGUUUUGGCCCACUGAAUGCUGUAGUAAGAGCUGCUGGAAUGAUCCCAUCGGUGUUAGGGAGCAGCAGGCUACUUUGGAGGCUCUCUAACUUUCAUCAGUUACCCAACGGGAAGAAAUGGGAGCGUGGGGCAUAGGGAUAGGAGAGAAGAGAAGAAUUAGGAGUCAAAAAUGCCUACUUUAGUUGAAACAAACAAGUAGUGGGGAAGGGAAACCAGAGCUGGUACUUGAGACAGUGGUGACUCCAGGACUUUUUUUUUUUCAAGUAUUUCUUCAACAGCCUGAGUUUUUAAACAGCCCGAUUAUGUUGUUAGUCUUAUCGUUUUGCACCUGCAAUACAUCUCAAACAACUGCAGUGGUUAAUAAGCUACUUUUCUGCAGGAUUCUUGUGCUUUGCUUUUAAGUCUUAGUGGAUAAAUCUUGGACAAAUUUGUGGAGUCAUGAAAUAACAAUGUUGAUGCUGCCAACUACAACUAAUGCAAAUGCUUUAGACACUGUUCACAAUUCAGGUGAAUUAUAUGUGUAACUGAUGUAUUAACAGUUUCAUUUUUGAAGUAUAUAUAGGUAAAGCUUUUUAUGUACUCCAACUUAUGCUGUAAUGAAAUAAAUACAUACAAAAAGCUUAUGCUCCCCCUCAGGGAUUUCUCGGUAAUUGGUGUUUUUUCUUUGUCAUCCAUCCAAUGAGUAAAACAGUGUUAUAUUUGUCCUUAUCAUAAAGACAAAAUUAUAUGGAUUAUUACAAAGAGGAAAUGUUUAGGAAAUGUUUUUAAGCCUAAGAAAAAAUCGAAUAUUUUCAUUUCACAGUGCCCUGGGUAUUGGGAGCAUGAAACAUUCUGCAGUGAAAGCACUUGCCCAAGUACAGAUUAGCAUAAGCUCCGGUUCAGUUAAUUUUUAUUUCAUUUUCUUUUCCUUGUCAGUAUGUUAAAGUACGUUAUUUAUUUAUAAAAGUUACAUGUAAGCUUUCCCAGGAUACUCCCCUGUCUCGUGUCACACGCCCGGUUUUUGGCUGGAGUGGAUUUGCAGUAGUGUAAGUAAAAACAGCAUCAAACACAA